AUGGCAAUGCAGAGGAAUGGGUUGGAGGAUAUGUCGUUUGAGCAGAAGGAUUUACAUGAUGAAGUUGCAAAGCAGAAGAAACUUGUGUUUGAGCAGGGAGAUGCUAAAGUUAUGUUUGACUACUUUAAGCGGAUGGUGGAGGACAAUGACAAAUUCUUUCAUACAUAUCGAGUUGAUGAAGAAGGUAAGUUGAAAGAUGUUCUACGAGUUGAUGCAAGAAGUAGGGCGGCGUAUGAGGAAUUUGGUGACGUUGUUGUGUUUGAUUCUACCUACUUGACUAAUGAAUAUAAGCUUCCUUUCUGUAACUUUGUUGGUGUCAACCACCAUGGGGAGACCAUUCUACUUGGUUGUGCUCUUGUUAGUUGGGAGACAACCAAGACUUUUGAAUGGGUAUUUUCAAGUUGGCUUAGAUGUAUGGGUGACAAAGCUCCAAUUGGGAUUCUAACUGACCAAGAUCAGGCAAUGAGGAAGGCUUUGAAGGCGGUUAUGAAGGGUACGACGCAUAGAUGGUGUAUUUGGCACAUUCUCAACAAGUUCGGUCAGAAGAUAGGCAAGCGUGUUUUCUACCCUGAGUUGAAAAUGGGACUGCACCAAGCGGUAUAUGACGGCCUUGACUACACGUUGUUACAUGAAUUUGUCGAGAGGUAUGAAGAAGCGCUCUCAGUAAGAGAAAAAACAGAAAAGAAGACCGAUGACAACAAUGCUAGACAUGUGAGGAAGACCUGCACUGAUUUCCCUGCUGAGCUUAUCUUCCAGAAGAUUUACACGGAUGCUAAAUUCAAAGAAGUUCAACGUGAAUGCACUCGUAUGAUGUAUGUCAGUGUCAUUGAGAGGAGACAGGUUUCUGAUCAUGUUAUUGAGCAUGUUAUUGAGGAUAGAGUUUGGUACAAGCCCCAAAACUCUAGGAAAGAGAUACCGUCCAAGCGUUAG